GUGAAUGAAAACUGUUGAAGUUUCUUCUCGUGUAAUUUCAUUCUCGACUCAAGUAAAGACAUUUAUAAUAAAUUUGUGCUUUAAUUGAAGGAGUCUUCACAGGAGGGAGAGAUGGACAUGAUGGACAAUUUGUCCAGGAUGAGAAAGUAGAGGUUCUGAACGGUCAAAACAUCUUGUCCAACUUGUCUGGACAAGGAGGACAAGGAGUUCCGAACAGCAUUUUAUCAAAGGCUGGUUUUCUUCUCUUUGUCGGAUCAUUUAAGACAAAAUGCCAAGGAAGUGCGUAGUCUGUGGUCUAACACAGACUAACAAUCUGGCUGUGUUUACCUUCCCCAAGUCACAGCACCAGAAGUCUACAUGGGUCACUGCCAUACAGCAGGUGAUUCCUGGCUUCUGCGCUCCACAGGAGAACGGUGAGCCACUGUCGAGCAGGAGUGGGCUGUGUGAGAACCAUUUUCUUCCUGACGACAUAAGGAAGGGCAAGAAGAAGAGCCUUCAGCGCAAAGCCAUCCCUUCUCUUGCUGUUGACCAGAGCUUGCCCACUAGCUCCAGAAAGGUCUUGGCAGUCCAGUUCUCAGUGCCUGGGGAAGAAAAUGGUGAUCAGGCCUUCUUGAUAAGUGAUGAAGAGGAUACAUUUAGGACUGCAUCCUCCUCUUCUUCCUCCUCUUCCUUAUCCUCUUCGAGUGUGAGGAGAGAUAGGAAGGCAGACCUGUGGGAAGUGAAUGAGGGGCACACUAGUGCUGGAACUUGUUUAGGUCUUGAUUUUGAGGACUACCUUCCAGGCAAUGACAAAUCAGCUUACAAUGACUGCUCUGACAGCUAUGAGGACCAAAAGUUGUUUUCUGAGGGUGAUGUAGGCAGGAGAGCUUUAGGAAAAGAUUUAUGUCUUGUCUGUGGGAAGGAUAACAAGAGCUCAAGAUUAACAUGCAUCUUGCAGCUGGAUGCACAAGCUGGCGGAGAAUGCACCAGUCUCUGUUUGUCUCGCAUUGUAAGCAGGCCAAAGCGGGAGGAUGUUAUCAGCAGGAACUGCUCAAGAUGCACCAACCUUGUACAAGAAGGUCACACAUCUAAGGAGGACUGAAAUACAAGAAGCAAAACAUUAAGAAUAUAUAAGCUACUCUUCAGACACACAAAGACAGUGCUGUUGUUCCUUCCUCCUUCUCACAGGUAUCAUCCCCUCUCUCUGAAGAAGUUGUUAAUAGUCUCAGUGAGGUGCCAGAUGUAAACCUAGACCUUCAGAAAGGUAGUGAGCUUGAUAAGGAUGGUGAGAUGUCAGACAACACUAGGAAAAGUUCACGCAGACAGGCGUCAGCAAAGAAAUACUGCUGUCCUCAGUGCAAAGAGGUGUUUUCAAGUUUGGCUCUCUGGGUUCAUCAUUUAUCAAAACACCAGGAGAUGGAUGAAUCUACACUAAAAGUUGCAAGGCAGUCAAGCAAUAAAACAAAAAAACUCACCAAGAUUGGAACACAUAUUUGUGAAGAAUGUGGGAAGAAAUUUGUAUGCAAACAGACCCUUCUUGCACAUGCAGCUGCCCACCAGAAAGGUUCUGAGUGCACCAUUUGUGGACGUUACCUCACAACAAAAGCUCGGUUAAAAGUUCAUAUGUUCAAGUUUCAUGACAUUGGUGAAGGGAAGAAUAAAGAGGUCGAGUGUACAGAUUGUGGAAAGUGUUUUGGCACUAAAGCCGGUUUGCGUUAUCAUCGAAAUGUGGUCCAUCACACUGGCACUAAGUAUGUGUGUGAGCAUUGUAAUAAAAUGUUUUAUUACCAUGUCCCAUACAAAAGCCAUUUGCUGCAUGCUCAUGGUGAAAAGAAAAUAGUGUGUGAGACUUGUGGAGAGAAGUUUUUCACAGUGUCGAAACUAAACACACACAUUAAUGCUGUCCACAGAAGUGCAGAGUCCUGACCUGUAAGAGUGUCAACCAAGUUCACAACAUCACUGCCUACCGUCAUCACAGGAUGUGAAGCACCUCAAACCAAACAUGCAUGUGACUAUUGCAAUCACAAUUCAGAAAGAAGUCCUCUCUUGUGGUUCACCUCUGGAAGCAUUCAGUGUACCUGUGCCAGCAGUGUCAGGAGAGCUUCUCAAGUGCAGAAGAACUGAAGACACACAUGGCAAGAUCCCAUGGCAAGGUAGUCAUGUGGAAAGACAAGAGGAAAGCCAACCCAGUCCUCCUGCCAGAGAAAA